AUGGGUGAUGAUGGCGCCGAAGGAGUCCACAUUGAGGAGGUCGAUGAAUUUGAUGAAGUUUUUGGGAAUGGCGCUGACUUCAUGGACAUCCAUCUGCCAGGAGAUCCUGCGCUUUCUGCAAGAGAAACCGUUCUUCUGAAGAAACUUGACGAGAAGCUUAACGCGAUCACAUUUCAGUUGUGUGAUUGCUGUCUUGAGGAAGGGUUUGAUUUGAAUGUUGUCGAUGGCACAUGCUCUAGAUGUCGCAACAAUAAAGGCGAUCCUGUGAAGAAAUGGUCAUCAGAAAAUAAAGUAAAUCCAGCACUCGAGGUUCCUCUGUGCCUCAGAGGACUUACUGAUAUGGAGGACAUGGUCAUUGCACGUGUCAAGUCUUACAUGCAGGACAGAUGGACAAAGGGCUGA